AGAAGUUGAAGCCUCUGCGAGCUAACGCUAUGUUUUUAGCAUUAUGACCAUAUCAACGUAGAGCUGGCUCGGCAACUGUGGAGCUAAUACCAAGCAAACCGGCUGCACCUUAAUAAAUGAAAAAUAGCCGUCCACAGCCUGUGUUCUCCAGUUAGCAAUUUGUUUAGUCUUUUUGUCUUUUUGAACUGGGAGCUGAGCGAACUAACGUUAGCCUUCUUCAGCUAAGGCUCACUCUGCUAAUUCAACAGUGGCCGAAAACAAAAACAGUGACACUGUCAGCAGGACAUGGCCAGAACAACAGGAGGGAUCUGGGAUCUGAGGACACAGACAGUUCAGGUAGAGCUGAGGAGUGUUAAGGAGUGACAGGGGGCUCCAGGGCUCAUGUCUACUCCACAAACGCUCACACCCUUUGACUCUGGCUGUGGAGAACACCUCAGCAUGGUGAAGACAGUAAAGAUGGAGCUCCUCAGAGCGCUUGUCAGCGAGUGUUUGUCUGCAGCUGCCGAGGAGAUCUUCAAGAUUGUAGAAAGAACCAUUGUGGAAUAUGAAAAGGAAAUGUCCUGUUCAAAGUGGGUGGUGGACAGCCACCGCAGACUGCUGGAUGCUGCCAAGUCCCAUAGUGAAGACUCUCUCCAAGUGUCUGCCACAGAUGUGAAGUUGCAGCCUGGUCAGCAUCAGCCUGCUGCCAGUGUGAACGUCAGCGUGUGCUGGGAGGAACCAGAAAACACCAUGUCAGAGCCAACAGAACCCUGUCCCAGCACGAACAACACUCAUCACCCUGCCAGUGAAACUGAUCAAAGUGAUCAGGAGAUACUGGUUGAUAUUGAAGAUGAUGAUGAUGUGAAGCAAGAGUGUGACCUGAACAUGCCUUUGAAAAUCCUCAAAGUGAAGAAACCGUUCAAAUGUCCUGUUUGUUUCAGUGGUUUUUCUUCCAAAAAGACGAUGGUACGACACAUCAAAAAGCAUCCAGAGGACAGUUCGUCACGUUACCAGUGCCAGUUCUGUGAGCUCUACUUCUGCCGCAAGUCUGAAUUCAUCAUUCACACCAGAACACACAAAGGCACCAAACCAUACAAGUGUCAGGACUGUGAGAAAAGCUUCGACCAGAGGGAUAGUCUACUCAUUCACAGACAAAAACACUCUGAGCAGAAAUCAUAUCAGUGUUUUAGUGAAAAGGUGGAUGCAGAAACCUGCCUCAGAUCAGUGACACUUGGCAGUAAAAUUGAAGAAGAGCUGGACUGCAGACAGGAUAAUUCAGGCAUUAAGACAUUUCCACUGACUAUCACUCCCUUUGAUAAAAGUGAGUUUGAUCAGGAGUCUCUUCAGCCCCUGUGUCUUUACCAAAUCCAGACUGUUGCUGAUAUAGAUAAAGACUCCUCAGCAGUUACAGUUGAUCACAUUAAAACCGAGCCGGCUGAAGCUGAUGGUGGAAUAUCGGACAGUACCACAGAGGAUCAGUUGACCCUUUCAGUGAAUUCAGGUGAACAGGCUGAAGGUGAGACAGAGCCAAAACAUAUCAACGUGAAAAACAUCCUGCCAAGACGACCUUCAGGAAAAUCCACAGAGCUCGUCAUUCAGUUUGAAGCAGGAACAGCACAGAAACCCUACAAGUGUCCUUGUUGCACCAAAUGUUUCUCCUUGACUAAAACUUUAAUCAGACACGUAAGGAUCCACACAGAGGACAAAUCGUACCAGUGCCAGUUUUGUGGGAGGAACUUCUGUCAGAAGUCAGACCUGGUAAAUCAUACGAGGAUACACACAGGAGAGAGACCAUAUCAGUGCAAAGAAUGUCACAAAUCAUUCGCACAGAAAGGCAACCUGGUGGUUCACAUGAGGAAACAUACAGGAAGUAAACUGUUAACAGUGCCACAAGUGCAGCUGUAGCUUUUGUCAGAGUUCAUCUUUUGACUGUCACAUGCCAAGCCACAGAUAGAGGAGUUUACAGCUUUGUCAUAAGGCUGGGAUUUACACCUCAAUAAUUUUUUUUGGUACUGAGUAAAAUGUGUCUGUAGCAAGUGAAGCACUGAAAGCUGGAAUUGAAUGUCUGUUCAGAAUCAUAAUCUUGUUUACUUGUUCUUUGUUCAUAUAGUUCUGAUUUAAAUAAAAAGCUUGCCACUUGAAACAAACUCACCAUGAGUUCCAUUAGUACAGUCCCAGCCAUACAAAAUGGCUGUUCCUAGCCAGAGGCUCUCUGGCUGUCACCCGGCUGGGAUCCAACUUCCAGCCACUGGUAGUCCUCCCCUCUUCCUCUUUCCUGACAAGGUGUGUCUAGAUUCCACAGUAAACACGCCCAUUCAAGCACCAUUCCUUUAACUAGUUUAGGCUAUUAUUUGUAUAGUAUGUUUCUUUCUUCUUUCUUCUUGUUGACUUAAGCUAGGUUUAUACAUGCAGCAGUGUCCCUGGAGUGAGGUUGGCGUGUCAAAAAAUUCUGUCUGUUCUCGCACAAACCCAUUACUUUCAAUGUAGACAGGCGUCAUGCGCGCUCACAACCCAAAGCGACGCGCUUGUUUUUUCAUCCAGUGCACAGCUCCACGGACCUGCUUCUCCCUCCAAUGUUGUGUCAGAUCCCAGUUCCCCCUCAGGCUGUGUCACUCCGGCUGUUUCCCAUGGAGCUCUGACCCGUUUGAAAGGCGAAGGAAGCCCAUACUGUAUGUGGAAAGACGUCGCCUCCGAGAUGUAGAAUGUGUAUUAUAGAAGAGAAACACGCAUUUCAGGACCGCUGACUUGUAUCACCAGAACAGACAUGUCCUGUGAUUUUCAGCCUCCUUUCAUAUUUAAUAGAGGGGGGACAAUACCUGACAGUAAUAUUCUCAGCUGUCAGGAUGUGCCUGCUGUAAAGGGUAAAUCAUAGAAGGCUGAAAAUCACAGGACAUGUCUGUUCUGAUUAUAAAAGUCAGCAGUGUAAAGCUCAAGUAUGUUGGGGCCUCCUUUCAUAUUUAAUAGAGGGGGGGACUGUAUCUAAAAGUACAGCUGUCAAGAUGCGCCCCGUCACAGGCCUUUGCCACCUUGGUCUCGAAAAAACAUAGGGAAAACCCUGUUACUGCGUGUGCUGCACUUGCAGUUCCACAUGGUCAAGGGAAUACUGGCCAAGCAGUUCAGCCUGUACAGACAUCUGUACAGCUGUUUAUUAAGAGACCACAGGAACUAGGCUUGGGCGGUAUCUAAUAUUUCAUAUCUUCCUGAAAUUUCACCACGGUGUUCACUUUAUGACUGUAUGGGUGUGCGGUGCUAACCCCCUUGACCAGUGAGUUCACUACUUCCCACAAGCUUUCUUAGCCUUUUCAGACUAAUAAAUACAUAUAGAAACUCACAAAAUUAAAAGUAAUAUUCUCACACUUAUUUUGUUGUUAUUUUGUUUCAGAAAUACAACUGUAUACUUUUUGAAAUCAGGUUUCUCUUGGUCACGGAACUAAGACUGGCUUAACUGCCUCAUUAUCUCAUUGUAAAACACACUACAUUCAAACUCAACAGAAACAAAAAAAAAACCUCACCCAAACCGUCUUUGUUAGAUAUCUAGCAAAUCCAAUGUUGCAGCAAUCACCAACUCCAAUUUGAUAGAAAUAAACUCUCAGUUUACCGAGUUACAUGUAAAAAACAUGCUGUUUUCCACCCUGCAAUUGUGAGUAGGUUACUUAAAUCAACUUAAUACAUGUUUUUUUCUACAUUUCCGGCAUCCUCUUCCCACUUCAUUCGAUCAGGAGAGAGAAUUUCACAAAUUUAUCUUAUGUUUGAGUGGUGAGACUGUGAGACCCAUGUUACUGACCAAACACGAAGUUAUCAGUGAUGGCUGUCAGAAUGUACAGUGAUUUAACAUUCAAUAUAACAUGUACAUCACUGUAAAUACCUGAGUUUGCUGUUGACUGCUCUAGUGGAGGCAAGUUGUUGUCUUCCCUGACAGAGAGGUCUCUCCGAUGAUGCAAGCAAUGCACUCCUCCUGAGCCUCCUCCUAUAGCUGUUGAGCUGUUUUUUUGUGUGUGUGUGUACUGUAAGUUUUAUAUUGAAUCAUUAUUGUUUAACUUGGAUGGUUCUUACAAAAGAGGAUACAGAAUUAACGGCACCCAUUACCUACUUCCAGGCCUUUGAUUUACCUGUCCCUGUCACACCACUCAUAAUAAAAUAAUAGUAAUGAUAUAUGUAUGUGUACAUACAUGUAUUGUAGCGAGGCAGUAACUUUUAAAAAGAACAUUGAAUUGAAGCCAUUUUUCAACCACACUCAUGCCAUAGAACCACAGCAAAACACACCUCAAAGAUUUUUUAGAUGGGUUUCCAAAUGGUGAAAAUGAGCUCUAUGGCUUAUGGAAAUAAGAACACUGGACGGCACUCUGUCAGAAGACUCCACUUGCAAAUAUCCGCUCGACUGAGCUCGAAAUGCGACGAUGCUGGUGUGUAUUUCAAAAGCGCCGUCAGUCACAAAGGGGUUCAGCCUUUUAGACAAUUCAUCCAAUCAUCAUGCAUACACUGAGCGUCCUCUCCCGCCUACCGCUCCAUUAGGUCCCAGGGAAGCUGAGGCUCCCUGGAAGUGAUGAUUUUGUCGCAUUUAUCCAAUCUGGUCUGGUUAACAAGGUACCCCAUGCUGAGAUUGUUUUAUGUUUCAAAGGUUAAGAAUCAGUGUUCAAUCUGACAAUUUACCCACUUAAGAAAGUAAUUUAUUGAGGCGAAGUUCUUGUACUGCUUAGUCAGUUUGACAACAUUCAAUGUCUUUGGCUUUCUUUAUCAAUGAAAAAAAAAGGACGAAUGUUGGUUUUGUAUCGGCACCAUAUUUCUAAGCAAACCAAACCAACAUUAUGUCAUUGUGGGUCCUAGUGGUUGUACAGUAUGGUUUAUGAGACUUUACCACUGGCACUUUCUUCAUAAUAUUCUUAAUGUCAUUUUAUUAUUUUCUGAUGAACCCAGUGUGUUCACCAAGGCUCACUCUGAUCACACACACACGCACACAAACAACACCACAGUGAAGUCCAACAUAGGGUGGAAACUGUGAUUUUAGAUAAAGUAAUGGCAGAUAAUUUAGUGCCAAAAGAAACCAGUGUAGCAGCACCUUGUGUUCAGCUUUGAGAUUACUUUUCUGUAAAAGCACUGUCUUUGUAGGGAAAGAGUAGAGAAUGGAAUUAUUGAUUUUUGUGCAGCGUGUAUUAUUAUUUUAAGAAUUUCACCGAGCUUUAGGAAUCUAUAUUGUAUUCAAAAAUGUGUAUUUAUUAUAAAGUUGUAAAAUUGUCUGUGUAUUGGAAUAAUUUUAUUUUGUGAGAAUUACGGAAUUAUGCUUUUUUUUUUUUUACAUGAAAUAUCAUAAUUACAGUGUAAAAGCAAUCUUCUGUCUCAGAGCAUUUGUUGAAUGUGUUGUAAGGAGAGCUAUUGUGUAUACAAGCUGAUGGCAAAGAAUUUGUCACCUGUACUUCAUCAGUUAGUAAGUUAAUUUGACACUUGAUGUUUUGGCUUGUGGUUUAUUUUUAUUAUUAUUUUUUACAAUCUUGUCACACCUUUUCACAUUGAUUUUUAGUAGUCAUACGAGUUUAUGACUUUUAUUUGAUAAUAAUGAAAGAAGCAUCAUACACGUCUGCAGUUAGACACGCAUUGGCACUCCUAGACUGUCGUAUUUCCAGCCUCGCCACCCCCUGAAUUAAAUGCCUCCCCUGCCCCCUUAUACAUACAAGCUCCUGUAGCAGCUCUUCUCUGCUCCUGUGGCAGCUCGACUCCUCUCCUCACCAUGGAUGCAUUAAGAGAAUUCUGAUGGUGUUGCUGUCUUGUGUGUGAAAAAAAAAUUGGAUGACAAGAGACUUGCUGACUUACUAUACUACUAUAGUUACUAGUUACUACUAUGUUACUAUAACUUCAUCAGACUGGUGUGGCUGAUUUUUUGAUUCAUAGCCGACCUGCUCUACCUCCUGAACCACAGCUGCCCAUCAAUGUCUUCUGUGGAGAAAAGUCUACUGAUGUAAAAUCUACUUUUUGAUGAAUUAAAGCUAACAAAUUUCAGUUUGAACUUUCUGUGGAACACAAGUCUGAGGUAGUUGCAUGAGUUAGCAUCAAACUCUGCAAGAUGAACCAGUCGAGACUGGAGGGAGGACAGUGGGCACUACGUUUCCAAAUGUUAACGCAGCCAUGUUAA